AUGAUUGACCCGGGCGUGGAGGUUGGGUAUUGGACACACGCACUCAUCGAGGUAGCGAUCAUUCUAGGGGCACACUGGUGCCCCGAGUGGGGCCGAUGCAAACAAAUUGUGGAGUACUUACUUCCUCAUGGACAAGUUUUUCUGUCACCAGCAACAGUGGUAGCGGCCGUGCUUGGGGCAACAGCAGGCGCUAUCCGAUACCAAUCCUUCCGGGAAUUAGGAAGACAUUUUACAUAUCACAUCACGAUCAUGAAAGACCACAAGCUCAUCACGACAGGUCCGUAUGCACUGGUCCGCCACCCAGGGUACAUGGGGUGGACCUUUCUGUAUCCUGCAAUGGCGAUAUAUUACAUGGCCCCGGGAUCGUGGUUUAGGGAAACUGGAAUGUAUGCGCGCAAGGAAGGAUGGUUGCUUAUCCUUCCCAUGUUCAUCGCGUCGGUGGCGUUGAUGGAGCUGGCAGUACGUAGAUCAAACGCAGAGGACGAGUUGCUAAAGAAAGAGUUUGGGAAAGAAUGGGAGAGGUGGGCUGACAGGGUUCGCUACAAAUUUGUGCCUGGAUUGUAUUAG